UCCAGCGCCGCCAUCGCCGCGGGGCGUCUAGCGGCCCGGAGCGCCCCCUCCUCCGCGCGCCGCGAAUCGGUCGCGGCUCCCGUCACCGGGGCAACCGCGGCGCCUCCUCCGCGCCGGCUGGGAUCGUCUCUCCGCGCCAUUUUCAAACUGCCCUAGCGCCGGAGCCGGUGUUUGGGGCGGAAGGAGCCUGGGAGGGAGGCAGGUUCCAGGGCGAUGCGGGCGCAGGCGGAGGGAGCGGCGGCGGGAGCUGCGACUGCUGGAGCUCCCCGAUUGCCUCCUGCGCUGCUCGCCACGGGAGUCUGCGGGCCCUGCAGACCGGCCAGCUACUGACUGAUGGGUUGAUUGAAAAGUUAAAAUGCCUUCUUCGUGACUUUAAUUUUUGGAAGUGAAUAAAACCAGUUUUGGAAGACAAGAUGACUACAGCUGCAGAAAGAAAGUAUAUUAAUAUUAGGAAAAGAUUGGAUCAGUUGGGAUACCGCCAGACUCUGACAGUGGAGUGUUUACCUUUGGUAGAAAAACUUUUCAGCGACCUAGUUCAUACGACAGAAAGUCUUCGGAAGUCAAAAUUAUCUGCUGUGAAAGCUGAAAAAGAAAGUGCCAAUUUUGAUUUUGUUUUAGAACCUUAUAAACUUGAAAAUGCAAGGUUGAGCAGGGAAAAUAAUGAAUUAUACCUGGAAUUAAUGAAACUGAGAGAACAAUCAGCCCAACACGUUAAAGAGUUGAAAACUUCUUUGAAGAAGUGCGCACGUGAAACAGCUGAUCUGAAAUUUCUAAAUAACCAAUAUGUUCAUAAACUCAAACUUUUGGAGAAAGAAAGCAAAGCUAAGAAUGAAAAAAUUCAACAACUUCAAGAAAAGAAUUUUCAAGCUGUCGUACAAACUCCGGGUGGCAAGAAAAGAAGUAUUGCUUUUAGACGCCAGCGUAUGCAAAUUGACGAGCCAGUCCCUCCCUCUGAAGUCAGUUCCUAUCCAGUUCCUCAGCCAGAUGACCCUUAUAUUGCAGACCUUCUGCAAGUGGCUGAUAACAGAAUUCAAGAACUUCAACAGGAAGUCCACCAGUUACAAGAAAAAUUAGCAAUGAUGGAAAGUGGACUGAGAGAUUAUAACAAGCAGAUUGAGCUAAGAGAACGAGAGAUAGAACGACUGUCCAUUGCAUUGGACGGUGGCCGCUCUCCUGAUGUCCUUUCUCUGGAGACUAAAAACAAAACCAAUGAAAAGCUUAUUGCUCAUUUAAAUAUUCAGGUUGACUUUCUUCAGCAAGCUAAUAAAGAACUGGAAAAGCAUAUCCAAGAGCUUAUGAAAACUAAGGAAACGGUGACAACUGAAGUUGUUAAUUUAAGUAACAAAAAUGAAAAACUCUGCCAAGAGUUAACUGAAAUAGACCAGUUAGCACAGCAGUUGGAAAGACAUAAAGAAGAAGUGCUGGAGACUGCUGAUAAAGAACUUGGGGAAGCAAAGAAAGAGAUUAAAAGAAAUCUCUCUGAAAUGCGGGAUCUUGAAGAAACAAUGGCAAAACUUCAGCUGGAAUUAAACUUAUGCCAUAAAGAAAAAGAGAGACUGAAUGAUGAACUCCUUAUGAAAUCAGACCUGGAAACUGUUGUUCAUCAGCUUGAACAAGAAAAGCAAAGACUUACCAAAAAAAUUGAAAGUUUUGCAAAUACAGAAAGAGAACUUACUUUGGAAGUUGAGAGGAUGAGGCUAGAACAUGGAAUAAAACGUCGAGACAAGUCACCUUCUCGUUUAGAUACAUUCCUGAAAGGUAUAGAAGAAGAACGAGAUUUUUAUAAGAAAGAGCUAGAAAGACUCCAACACAUAAUACAACGAAGAUAUUGCUGUACAAAUUCUUCACGUGAAAAAAUUCCAAUAUUUAAAACUCUAGAAAAGGGUGAUUACAAUUCAGAAAUUCAUCUGAUCACAAGAGAAAGAGAUGAACUUCAGCAUAUGCUUGAAAGAUUUGAGAAUCAUAUGGAGGAUAUUCAGUCCAAUGUUAAAUUAUUGACAGCAGAAAGAGAUAAACUAAGUGUCUUAUAUAAUGAGGCUCAGGAAGAAUUAUCUUCAUUAAGACAAGAAUCCACCCAAAGCACAGCCUCCCAUAAUAUUGUUAGUCUUAUGGAAAAGGAAAAAGAACUGGCAUUAUCUGAAUUAAGGAAAAUUAUGGCAGAAAAGGAAGCUUUAAAAGACAAGUUAAAACAUCUCCAGGAAAUGAGUCUAUUUGGAAAAUCAGAAUUAGAGAAAACUAUUGAACAGCUGACAUGUGUUAAUCAUAAGUUUGAAAAUGAAAACUGUGAAUUAAAGUCUAAAAUAUUAAUAAUGAAAGAAACCAUGGAGUCAUUAGAGAACAAAGCAAAACUCCAAGCUCAAAAACUUAACCAUGUGGCUGGUGACUCAUCUCUUCAGAAAACAGAGAUGAACUCACUUAGGAUGGUAAACGAGCAGCUACAGCUGUCACUUGAUGAUUAUCAGCAUCAACUUUCCAUGAAAAGAAGUGAACUUGAAUCAGCCGAAGCACAAAUUAAAAUACUGGAGGAACAAAUAGGUAAACUACACCUUAAGAUGACUUCACAGGAUGAGGAAGCUCAUGUAAUGAAAAAGACCAUUGGUGUUAUUGAUAAAGAAAAAGACUUUCUUCAGGAGACUGUAGAUGAGAAAACAGAACUGAUUGCAAACUUGCAAGGGAACCUAGCUAAUAAAGAAAAAGCUAUUGUUCAGAUGAAGACAACAGUCUCGGAGUAUGAAUCUUCUCUAAAUCAGCUAAAGGAAACACUAGCUAAUCGGGACCGUGAGAUAAGCAGCCUCCGACGCCAGCUUGAUGCAACUCACAAAGAACUUGAUGAAGUAGGAAGGUCUAAAGAAAUAUCUUUUAAGGAAAAUAGAAGAUUACAAGAUGAUCUGGCUACAAUGGCAAGAGAAAACCAGGAAAUCUCAUUGGAACUGGAAGCAGCAGUGCAAGAAAAAGAAGAAAUGAAGAGUAGAGUUCAUAAUUACAUAACUGAGGUGUCACGAUGGGAGAGCUUAAUGGCUGCUAAGGAAAAAGAAAACCAAGAUUUGUUGGAUAGAUUUCAGAUGCUUCAUAACCGGGCUGAAGACUGGGAGGUCAAAGCCCAUCAAGCUGAGGGAAAAAGCAGCUCAGUCCGCCUGGAACUUCUUUCUAUUGACACAGAGAGGAGACACCUCCGUGAAAGAGUGGAGCUCUUAGAAAAAGAAAUUCAGGAGCACAUAAAUGCACAUCAUGCUUAUGAAUCUCAGAUCUCCUCAAUGACAAAGGCCAUAUCUAGAUUGGAAGAAGAGCUGAGGCAUCAAGAAGAUGAAAAGGCAGUAGUAUUCAGUGAUAUGUCAUCUCUUAGAGAACUUUGUAUUAAGCUUGAUUCAGGCAAAGAUAUUAUGACCCAACAAUUGAAUUCCAAAAACCUUGAAUUUGAGAAGGUUGUGGCUGAAUUAGAAAAUGUAAAAUCAGAAUCAGAGCUAUUAAAAAAACAACUGGCAAGUGAGAAACAUACAAUUAAAAACCUUGAAUUGUUGUUGGCUACAAAUAGAGAUAAAGAAUUUCAUUCUCAUUUAACCUCCCAUGAGAAGGAUACAGAAAUUCAGCUACUUAAAGACAAGUUAACCCUUUCGGAAAGCAAAGUAACUAGUCAAAGCCGGGAAAACACCAUGCUUCGGGCUAAAGUGGCACAAUUACAAACAGAUCAUGAUGCUCUGAGAAGGCAGAUUUCGACUGAAAGAUAUGAACGAGAACGAGCAAUCCAAGAGAUGCGUCGACAUGGUCUUCCCACAUCACCCCUUAGUUCUACUCUGAGGUCUCCUUUACAUUCUCCUGAACAUAUAAACUGAUAAUUAUCAGAAAGAAUGAUGACUUUCAAUGAGUUGGCUAUAUGGAUUUUUUAAAGGAUAUAUAUUUGAAGUACUGUUCCUGAAAAUCAUGAACAUUGACACAAAUUCUACCUCUGUCAACUUUUAUUUAAAUCAGUGAAUAUUUAUGUAAAAAAAAAUUGGUUUAAAAGAGCUCUAUCUAUGUGUAUAUUUUCAUACAUAUGACAGAACAAAGUAUGUAUUAAUAGUGCUAACUGAUGUUAUAGCUGUAUUUUUAUUAUUUCUGACUUAAAUUUCUCAAACUGUGUUUAUGCUGUGAAUUAAUAUAAUGUAUUAUUCAUAUUAUGCUUUAAUAAUCUUUUUCUUAAUGAGCCAUGAUGUAUGUAUGUAAAUAUUCUUAACAGUACUUGUUUUUAAAGUGUUUUUAGUUUUCAUGCCUGUGCUUAUAACCUAUAUUUUUAACACAGUCACAAAGGAUUAUCAAUUGUGAUGCUCUGCUGUCAUGCUUAACUUUUUCUUCUAAGUGUAAAAUUAAUUACUUACCAAUUUGUUGUCUAUCAUUGAUAGGAAUAUAUUUAGGUUUAUUCUUACAGUAGCAGAGAUCCUGAUAAAAUGAUGAUUACCAUACAUAAUUUGUUAUUGCCAACUAGAAGAACUGUGAUGGGAAAGAUUCAUUUAUAUUUUAUAUUAUAUAUAAUAUUAUUUUGGCUAUCACAUGAGCGCAUAAUACAAAUUUAUCAAAAUCAAACUGAAAGCUGUAUUCAGAAUUUUGUAAAACAAUAGACAGAAAUUUGGGACAUUUUUUUCAGUAAACACAAUUUCUCAAUAUAAAAUUUCAGAGUAUAAAAGUAUAUGAGAUAUAGUAAAAACAGUUUUUAAAAAUUCCAGUAUGCGCAUUCAGUAAUAUCAGAUUUUUGUUUCUAAACCUUAUAAUUUAUCAGUCUUCCAGAAUGGUAUGCAAACACUGAACUAUGGCAUAUAAAGUAUAAAACAGCUUUUUACAAUUAAUUUUCAAAGUUGUAAUUUUAAAGAAUUUAGACAUAUACAUAUAUUAAUUUAAAAACAGUAGUACAAAAUAGAAUAUCAGAUACAAAAACUAAUCGUGUUUGAACCGUACACAUUUGAAGAAAAUCCUGUUCUUAAUAGAUUUCAUUAUGAUUGAAAAAGAAGAACUUAAAAACUAACAUAGGAAAAUGGAAGGCCAAUUAUUUAUGAUACAUUUUGUUUCCUCUUGUGGUUUAAUAAAGUGGAGUUUGUACGUGUGCGUCUGUGUGUACCUGCGGGUGUGCAGUGCUCUUUUUCUAAAACUAGUAUGCCUUAUAUGUUCAGGUUAUGCCCUUUGCAAUAAUUCAGUGUAUUUGGGUGUGAUGUGGCUUACUUUACCACCAUUUUUGUAUUUUAGGUAUUCCAUCUCCCUUGUGUGAGUUCAUCUGUUAUAGCAAAAUACAAGAGAAAUGGGACUAUUUGCAAUGUCAUGUGGAAGAUCUUUUAAUAAAUGUGUGUAAAUAAAAUAAAAAGUUUUUGUUCCCACCUCUUCCCCCAAAGCAACAGCAGGAUAUAUUUUGUUAGAUAUUUUAUUUUUAAUGUUUUCUAUGAUUAAAAAAUGUAUACUUUUCCAUAAUUGUUAUUUUUA